UCACGCCACCGUGUCCACUGCUGGCAACAAAACAGCUAGCUAGGGAACACAGGUACAGGGCCUUGAACCUCAAUUACCUUGGGGAGGCAAAAAUUAAACACUACGUUUUUUUUUUGCCAAGGCGGGCCCUUUGUUUGAAGGUCAACCUAUUCCUCAACAACAACGAAGACGACAACAGGUGGCGAACUGUUUACUUCAUAGGGGUCUUCAGGGUGAGUCUGUUCGUGACAAGCAGGAAGCACACGGUCGUAUUUCGUCUGCCUGCAAACCGCUUUGAUAUUUUCUUGGUCCAUUCCUUGCUGAAGUCUUCAAGACGACAAUGUGGUUGUUGACGGUAUUUCUGGGUUUGCUGACCGUGAUUUUGGCUACAUGGUUGCCGGGGUACAUCAGACGAUGGCGGAUGCCUCCCGGACCAUUUCCCUGGCCGAUCAUCGGAAACAUCGCCAUACUUGGUGGUAAAACGUAUCUAACCUUCAUCGACCUCGCUAAGAAAUACGGAGACGUGUUCAGUGUGAAGCUGGGUAUGGUGGAUGUGGUCGUGCUGAACAGUCUGGACGCUGUAAAGGAGGCUUUCGUGAAGAAAAGUGCAGAGUUCGGAGGAAGACCCAAAACACUGACAAAUGAGAUAUUGACAGAAGGCGGGAAGGACAUCGCCUUCACAGAUGACAGUCCGACCUUGAAACUGCAGCGGAAACUUUUCGUCAGCGCCCUCAGGACGUACGCGUCUGGAAAAAGCCUACAAGCCAUAACACACGAGUCUUUGAAGGACAUCAUCGCUGAUUUUACCGACAUGGAGGGUGAACCGGUCGAUCUUGAGGACUACAUGUAUAAAGUUGUAUACAACAUCAUCUGUGCCGCUUCGUUUGGUGUCAGGUACAAAAUGGAUGACAGUGAUUUCCAACAUCUGCUGCAGAUGAGUAAAGAUGGUCUGGAAAUUCUUAGCGGCGGACUUCUUGCUGACAUUUUUCCUUCUCUUGCCUUCCUCCCCACCCCUGCCAAGAGUGCUUGUCACAAGAUGGCGGCCAAUUUCAUGGAGUACUUCAAACGUCAAGUGGACCAGCAUCAGAGGACAUUCGACCCCGACAACCUUCGUGACAUCACCGAUCACAUGAUCAAGGCUCAGAAGGACGCUGAGGAGGAGGGGAUCCAGGACGUCAACUCUCUCACAGACACUCACCUCAGGCAGACCAUUAGCGACGUGUUCGGUGGGGGCACGAACACGACAAUCCACACCCUCCGCUGGGCCGUCCUGUUCCUCGCUGCCCACCCGGAGAUACAGGAGAAGGUGGCUGCUGAGUUAGACAGUGUGGUGGGCCGUGACAGGCUGCCUGAGCUGUCCGACCGCGAGGCUACUCCGUACACGGAGGCGACCAUCCAUGAGGUGAUGAGGAAGGGCUCUGUUACCCCGACAUCUUUGCCGCGGGCCACGUCUGUAGACACAACUCUGAGAGGUUACCACAUUCCUAAGGGUACAUGGAUCAUACCGAACCUGUGGGCCCUGCACCAUGACCCUGCUAUCUGGGGAGACCCUCACACCUUCCGCCCUGAACGAUUCUUAGACGAGGACGGACGGCUCAUCUCCAAACCGUCCGCACUGAUGCCUUUCAGUGUUGGACGCCGUGCCUGUCCCGGUGAGGCUGUGGCCAGGGCAGACAUGUUCCUCCUGAUGGCGGGACUGGUCCAGAACUUCCGCUUCUCCAUCCCGGAGGGGGAGGGUCCUCCUGACCUAACAGCCGACAAAGACGCAGGAGGAGGGUUUGUGUGCGUGCCUGUCCCGACCAAGGUGGUGAUCACGUGCAGGAAGUGAUCGUGUGAUCAGCCUGGAGUGGAAAGAUCCCAAAAUAUUGCUUAUCAAUACUCUAGACAUGCAUUAAUUACAUAUGUAAUGACGUCAUAUUCCAUUAAAUCAUGACUUUCUAUGUUGGCAUGAAUGCACGCAUGUAAUCUUAACUGAGUGUCUGGUAUGUCUUUAUGUAUGUAUGUAUGUACGUAUGUAUGUAUUGCUUUAUAAUUAUGGUACAACGCUCACAGUUGGUAUCGUACACUUAGUUAUGUGGAAGACGGAACACGACCGGUGAUUUCAUACUUCAAUGAACUAUUUAGAGCUUUAGUAAAUUUCGUUAUUUUAUUUUAUCACAUUGAUUAUGGAUAGACUGUUGUAAUUAUCACAAU